UCGUAAUACCUGGAUUAUUAUCUCCUCGGUAACGGUCGAUAAUCUUAUCAAAGUUUAUCUCUUCGCCGUUGAUUAUUCUUGAUUUUCGCGUUGAUCGUGCUGGUUUCGGUUAGUAAUAUCGCGGUGAAAAAGAGGAAGAAGAAGACACAAAGAAAGGGGUGUGGACAAUAAAAUACUCUGCGUAAUUGACAAAGAAAGUUCAAAGUGGUUGCCGUCGUAGUUACUGCAGUAUAUUUCAUCGACGAGCAUCGACAAAAAUCUACGGCUUAUUUGAACAAGAAACACGCAGUGUUCACAGAGACGCGUAAACGUUCUUACGUGCCAAGGUUUCUGGAGUCAGUGGGAAAGUAAUAUUUCGAAGGAAAAAUACGUAUAGGAGUUUCGGAAACGAGUUACCGUUCAAAGAACCUGUUCUUCGUGAAUCCAUACGUCUUAAAAUAUUAUCGAGCUGUAAUUGGUAUUCGUUCUCAGGUCCAAUCGUCUGGUCAAAAAUUGGAACAAAAACGCGAUGAACGAAAGACGAGCGGAAUGCGUACUCAGCAUACUAUACGUAUCUUCCGCGAUCUUUUCCUGUGUCUCGUUGGUCUGUUUGGCGGCGGUUUGGCAGUACUGGGCACAGAUCUUGAACGUAUGCAUCAGCAUCGAUUGCGGUUGUAUAUUGUACGGUAUUAAUACCUUUCGAACGUUCAUGGGAGGAGAUGCGAAGCUUUGCCACUUCGGAGUAUACGGCUUGAUUCCGACGCUUUUGAUCGGUAUAUGCCUCGGCGCAUAUCACGGACAUCGAAGCUGCGUCGGUAGAAAUUUAGAGGAGCCAGUACGAAUGUACGACCAAGUUGCCAGAAACUCGAACAUCGACGGAGAAGCGACGCCGACGGUAGUGGUCAGGUCGAAAAGGAGAAGUCCGUACAAGCAAUGGAUACCCAGCGUGUUUCUCGCGGUUUUACUCUGCUGUUUAUCGUUGGCACACGCGGUCGUAACGACCGACGGUUACUACAAAACUUGCGGGCAUUACAGGAGAAGGCUGAUACAAGUUUUAGAUUCGAGAGGUCGCGAAGCCGAGGUGAUACACCAGAGACUCUCGUGCGGAGCAAUUUUCGACUUUAUGGAUUAUUUACAGUAUGAUCCGAACGGUAACUGGGAAAAUAGGAAGGAAGCUGACACCGGUUUGGGUCUUCGAUUUGCGAUCGUUUCCGCGUGGUUCAACUUUGUCGCCUGGAUGCUCGUACUGUUAAUCAAUAUCGUUAUGACACGUAAAAAGCUUCGCUGCUGUUAAAAGUAAAUCUCUGCAAAGAGAUCUCUAGGUCGCUAAACGAACAAAAUAUUUUAGGCAUUACGGGCACGUAUGCGCGCGAACCUUUUAUGCGUUUUGAAUUUAUGUAUGCACACGCGGAAAGGCACGUUAGCGUCGCGAGCUUCGUCGUCGAUUAAAAGGAAGAGGAAAUGGAGGGUCUGCAGAGAGUGGAACGUCAGUACAACAUUCGAGACAAUUUCUGUUUCUCUUUUUACACGAAAUUCUAUUUAUUAAAUCAAUGAAUCUCGAAUCGUACGAUCAAACGUUCCGUACGACGAAUUGGUUCUCGUAACAUCCGACACCUUGAUUGAUAAUCGACGGAAUUGAUGUGGUUCGCCGAUGCGUUCUUCUCGUUCGAAAAGUAAUUAUCGUGCGCGUCGAAGAAAUUCAAAGCGACGCGACAUACCGAUCGACGCGUUCCUCUCGGUCUCGGAACGAAACGGAAACGUGCUUUUUCCGACUACGAAACAUCCAUGACCGUUAUUCCAGACAAUUUCAAACGCUUUAGUUUCCCGCGCUAAUAUUCUAAAUGGACGAGUCUUUCCGAGCUUCCGAACAACAACGAAUACCAACUGUAUGUACCUAACACCGGUUGACAAAAGUAAUGCAAUAUCUGGUGUCGAGGCAGUAACAACGUUUAAGUAAGAUUCGAAACUAAUGUGUAAACGGAAACGAUGACGAUGAUGAUGAAGAUAAUAAUAACGAGUAUAACGACAUAUAUGUAUAAAAUAAGUAAUCGGUACGGAAUGUGUACCGGAAUGUGCACCUAACCGUGACAAACAGCGCUUAACGCAUUUUUUCCUGAAACGAUAAAACGUUAUCUUCUUAGCGAUACACGAAUAAAGUUUGCCGAAACAGCACCUGUUUUUUAUCCUAAAAAUACUGCAAACAUUUUGUCAGAAUAUAUUUGUAAUCGUUAAACCAUUUUUUAUACGUAGAUCGUCGCAAGAAGAUUGCGUUACGUUCGAUCGCCCCUUCAAACACUUAUCGUCGUAACUAACAACUGUCCGAUGACUACGCAUAAAGACGAUUUCUUCUUUCCCGUCGUAUUCUCUUUUUACUCUGUUUUUUAUUCGACCUUUGUGUUUCCGUUCGCCUCGCUCGAUACGGUUCACGCGAUCGAAACUUUCAACUUUUCCAGCUACGCAUAGGAACCAAAUCGAAGAAAAUCGUUGACCGUUUCUCUCGUAAUACCGUUGUUCGCGCGUUAAAAGAUAAAAAAGAGUGCGAGCUCGAAAUAUACUCAGCUCAACGAAAACAAGGCACCUAAAUGCUUAUCGA